UGAAACCAUGAAGUUUGUGCUUUAUUUCCUUGCGUUUGGCUUGGUUGUAGAAGUUUCAAGCCUGGGAUACACAAGGGAACCUUUUGUAAAGAAUUUGAAGUGUUUGUUCCGCGUUAAUCCAGGUCCAUGUAAGGGCAAACAUGAAAUGUUUGGCUACGAUGCCUUUGCCAGACAAUGCUCUAAAUUCUUUUACAGUGGCUGUGGCGGAAAUCCAAACCGUUUCGGUUCAGAGGUAGAAUGUCGGCAUGCUUGCAAGAAAAUUGUAUCCGUGGAUGAAUAUGAAGAUUAUGAAUACACAGACGAUCAGACAGAUAUAACAUUUCCAGACGUUGAAUAUACAGAUACUAAUGAUAAUUAUGAUAAAAAUACUGACGUAACUUACGUUACGGAUGACGAUUAUCAAAAUUAUGGAUAUCAAUAAUGAAAAACAAAAAGAAAUGCACAAAAAUUGAAACUAUGAAAACCAAAA